CAUUGGAAGCUGCUAGGCAACCUGAAGACCACAGUGGAAGGUUUGGUGUCCACCAGCAACCCAAAUGUCUGGUCCAAGUAUGGCGGCUUGGAACGGCUCUGCAGAGACAUGCACAGCAUCCUCUACCACGGGCUCAUCCACGACAAGGUGUGCUGCAGACAGAAGGAUUACUGGCAGUUUGUGAAGGACAUUCGCUGGCUGAGUCCCAGCUCUGCUCAUCACCUGGAGAAGUUCAUCAGCCUGCAGGAGAGUGGCCAGCCUGACCCAGAGGGCCCGGAGGACCAGGCCAUUGCGCAGCUGUGGCUGCAGCACAGCCUGCAGUGCCACUGCCUGUCGGCGCAGCUGAGACCGCUCCUGGGGAACCGGCAGUACAUCAGGAAAUUCUACGCAGACACUGCCUUCCUGCUCAGUGACGCCCACGUCACGGCCAUGCUGCAGUGCCUGGAGGCUGUCGAGCAGAACAACCCCAGGCUUCUGGCUCAGAUCGACACCUCCAUGCUUAUCGGGAAGAGUGACGGUUCGCCUCCGGUGACCAAGAGUCAGAGCCUGACUGCUCUCCCCGCGUCCCCGUAUGUCCCAGCUGCAGGCUGCGCACAGCAGCGCUGCUUUGGGUCCUUCUCCAGCCUCCACCAUCCAGCCUCCUCUGGCCUCUCAGACAGGAGACCAGCGAGCUACUCCGUCAGCUCCAGCGCCAGCCAGCCUCAGGAGCGCUGCCCAUCAACCCGGUCCUCCUCCUUCAGUGAGGGCAGGUCCCCUCUGGAGCAGCCCGGCUCUGUCACCCGCUUCCACGUCCCGUCAUCCAAAGACCCCUUCUCUCCAGCCAGCGAGAUGAGCUCCAGCACCACCAGCCAGAGCGAGGACACUUGGACGGGGAGUCAGGAUGAUCCGCAGAGCGAUGUUAACGAUGGGCCGGAGUACCUGGCCAUCGGGAACUUGGGGCGCCGGGGCCGCGCAUGCAGCAGCGCCAGCACCAACAGCACCAAGAGCAGUAGCUCCAAACUCUUCUCCUCCAGCAGCUCCCAGAAGCUGGACUCGGUCUCAUCCCUGGGGGAGCAGGGGGCAAGCGGAGGUGGAAGCAGGGGCCUGAGCCUGUUGCGCCGGUCCAGUUUCUCGGAGGGACAGUCAUCAGCUCCGCAGGGUAUCCUCAAGAAGAGCCACAUGCGCUCGCACUCCGACACUAAUGUGGCUUCGGGGAAGUUGCACGGAGGCCUCAGGGAUAUCACCAUUAUAAUAGAAGAUCCAGUGGCAGAGUCCCACGGCGAUCCAGGCGGAGCGAGAGGGCCGGUCUCUGCUUCCACCCAGAGCAGUGAACUGAGCACACCCAGCUCCCUCUACAUGGAGUACGACUCUGGACAGUACCUGAGCUCAGGGGAAGGGAUGUUCAGAAGACCCUCGGAAGGGCAGUCCCUCAUCAGCUACCUCUCUGAGCAGGACUUUGGCAGCUGUGCAGACCUGGAGAAGGAGAAUGCGCACUUCAGCAUCUCAGAGUCCCUGAUCGCUGCCAUUGAGCUGAUGAAAUGCAACAUGAUGAGCCGGCAGCUGGAGGAGGAGGACGAAGACAGCGACAAGGAGAUCCAGGAGCUUAAACAAAAGAUUCGCAUUCGGCGCCAGCAGAUCCGCACCAAGCACCUGUUCCCGACCUGCCAGGAGAUGGGCUCAGACAGUCUUGUGGCGACAGACAGCGGGUCCCAGUUCAGCUCCCAUGGCUCCAUGCGGCUCUCUGACUCCGGCUCCACGGAGGAUGUGGAAGAGUAUGAGAUCCGAGAUGGUAACGAUGGAUCUAACCUGAUUCAAAUGUCCAAGAACGGCCUCUCAGUGUCAAUGGCUUCCUUGUUCUCAGAUGCAGACAUCAAGAGGAACCCAGACUCCAGCAGGAAGUCCUUUCUCUCCUCGGAGUCCAUAUCGCACUCCUUCCUCAAUUCCAACUCGGCGGAGGCCGUGGCCAUGGGCUUGCUGAAGCAGUUUGAGGGCAUGCAGCUCCCAGCUGCCUCUGAAUUGGAGUGGCUGGUCCCUGAGCAUGACGCCCCGCAGAAGCUCCUGCCCAUCCCCGACUCGCUGCCCAUCUCUCCUGACGACGGAGAACAUGCUGAUAUCUACAAGCUGAGGAUUCGGGUGCGCGGAAACCUGGAGUGGGCCCCACCACGACCACAGAUCAUCUUCAACGUUCACCCAGCCCCAACGAGGAAGGUGGCCGUGGCCAAGCAGAAUUACCGGUGUGCAGGCUGUGGCAUCCGAACUGAUCCUGAUUACAUCAAGCGGCUGCGGUACUGUGAGUACCUGGGGAAGUAUUUCUGCCAGUGCUGCCACGAGAAUGCCCAGACGGUCAUCCCCAGCCGCAUCCUGCGCAAGUGGGACUUCAGCAAGUACUACGUGAGCAACUUCUCCAAAGACCUGCUGAGCAAGAUCUGGAGUGACCCGCUCUUCAACGUGCAGGAUAUCAAUCCUGCCCUGUACCGAAAAGUGAAGUCUCUCAACCAAGUGUGGCUCCUGCGAAUCCAGCUUUUCCACAUGAAGAACAUGUUUAAGACGUGCCGGCUAGCUAAAGACCUCCUAGACUCCUUUGAUGCGGUGCCUGGCCACUUGACGGAGGAUUUGCACCUCUACUCGCUGAGUGACCUCAGCGCCACGAAGAAAGGGGACCUGGUGCCUCGCCUGACGGAGCUCCUGAAGGCAGGCAGCCUGCACGUUGAGAAGUGCAUGCUGUGCCAAGCCAAAGGCUUCAUCUGUGAGUUCUGCCAGAAUGACGGCGACAUCAUCUUCCCCUUUGAGCUCAACAAGUGCAGGACAUGUGAAGAGUGCAAAGCCUGCUACCACAAAUCCUGCUUCAAAUCCACCUGCUGUCCCCGCUGCAAGCGGCUUCAAGCCCGGAGAGAGCUGCUGGCCAAGCAGAGCAUGGAGUCCUACGUCUCGGACUACGAAGACGAGCUGGAGCAGCCAGAGGUGGUGGCAGCUACAUGAGCAUGUUGCAGUGGAGGAGCAGAUCGUGGGUUUAUUUAUGUGCGUGGCCUUCAUCACCAGAGACUGAGCCACGCAGACUGGAGAUGAGGAGGACUGUCAGGAGGCCUGGAGAGCUGUCGAAGGGAUCUGUUUUCCCCUGUGCAGUAGUGCUGGGCUGGGGAAGGGGCAUCUUCCAUCGUCCGGGUCUGCUCCAGGUACCGCUCACACUCCCCGAUGCCUUUGCCUGGGGAAAGGCGGCUGCUCCUGCCAGUCCUGCAGGCAGAACAGGGGCCUUUUCCGAGCAGUUGGUCAUGCUGGACCAGGCAGGGCUGUGCUGCCAGACCCUGUGCCCUGCUCCCCGGGAGGAUCCCCUCGGGGGUCAGCACUUUCUGCUCAUCAGCUGUAUACUAGGAAGCUCUGGCCGUGUCUACACCUUGGAGGGGGGGAAUCAGCUCUUUGAGUCCUCCGAUCCCCUGUCCUGCUGCU